AUGGAAGUUGAACGCAGGAAAGCGAAGUUAUUAACCACACAAUUAUCAGUUCUCAGUAGCAAACGAAGAACACAUGAAGGUCUUGAUGCAUUAGUUGGUUUAUCAGUAGAUGCUAUUCUUUCAGGUGAAUUAGCAAGACCAAUCAAACCACAACAACAAACAAAUACUCUAACUCUUCUUGAUAUCAUCAGUAAUGAAGAAUCUGGAGCAGCGUACAGAGGUCUUGCUGAAUUAAAUGGAACAGGUAAACAUAAGAAAAAAUCAUCCAAGAAAUCGAUUAAAGAUAAAUUAAAAUUCUGCAAACAUGGUUCUUCAUGGUCGGCUUCUUCAUCAGUUCCUACUUCCGAUUUACCUUCUAACAAUAAAAAGAAUCGAAGAAUUGAACAGAUUUCUGAUCCUGUGUUGGUUGAUCGUCCUCUUCUUGCAUCAUUAUCUUUGAGAUCAUCAAUUAAAUUAUUGGAUGAUUGUCAAAAUUCAGAUUUAAAAUCUAAAUCAGAUUCAUCAUCAGAUGAUGAUGAUGGAGAAAAAAAUGUUAAUACCACCACCCAUGAAGAAAAAGAAAAACUGGAGAAACCAGAAUCAGAGAUCCAUACCGAGUCUUCAGAAUCAUUGGUGGAUGAUGAAAAUGUACCUGGACCGUUAAUAACAGAACCAGAUGAGGAUGAGAAGAGAGAAAAUGAAGAUGGACCGUUGAUUUCGGAAUCAAUGAUGGAAGCGGGAGCUCCAACAGUAUCGUUGAUGGCGUUAUUAGAGGAGUCCGGGAGAAGAGUAGACGAUGAUGACGAGGACGAUGAAGAUGAUGAUGAAGAAGAAGAUGAAGAAACAGGAGUGGAAUAUAUUUGCACAGUGUGUAUGGUAAAGCAUAGAAGAUUAGCAUUUGUUCCAUGUGGACAUACAUUUUGCAGUCUUUGUUCUAAAGAACUUUGGGUUAGUAGAGGAAAUUGUCCACUUUGCACCGGUUAUAUUUUAGAAAUUCUUGAUAUUUUUUGA